AUGGCCUCCCAGGCGGUCAAGAAAGCUAUCUCCGAAGCUGCAUUGCAAUACACAAAGCCCGAGGGCAAGGUCUUUGAAUAUGGCACCGCAGGGUUUCGCAUGAAUGCCGACCUCCUCAACACAGUGGUCUUCGCCGUGGGUUUGCUGGCCAGCUUGCGCUCAAAGAAGCUCAGUGGACAAUGGAUCGGUGUUAUGAUUACGGCCAGUCACAACCCCGCGGGGGACAAUGGUGUCAAGCUGGUUGACCCCAUGGCCGAAUGGGAGGCUUACGCAACAAAACUUGCCAAUGCUCCCUUGGAUAAGAUUGCCGAUGUGUACGACGAGCUUGUCAAGGAGAUUGAUGUGAAGGUCACCAACCCUGCCCGUGUGGUCUUCGCCCGGGACACCCGUGCUUCUGGCUCUCGGUUGGCGGGCGUCCUCAACGCUGCUUUGACUGCCACGGAGGUUGAGUUCGUGGACUUCAAGUUCAUGACUACCCCUCAACUGCACUAUGUGGUUCGCUGCAAGAACACUUUGGGCACUCAAUACGAGUACGGUGAGCCCACCGAGCAAGGAUACUACGAGAAGCUGGUGAACUCCUUCAAGAAGGUGAUGCGGGGUGUCAAGGUCCAGGGUUCCCUGACUGUGGACUGCGCCAACGGUGUUGGUGGUCCCAAGCUGCGAGAACUCAUGAAGACUCUUGCUGGAAUUGACAUCAAGGUUGUGAACGAUGAUGUGAUCAACCCCGAUGCCUUGAACUUCGAUUGCGGUGCCGAUUACGUGAAGACCAAGCAACGUGCUCCUCCUUCGUCCAAGGCUGGUACCCUCGACCGGUGCGCCUCACUCGAUGGUGACGCCGAUCGUCUGGUCUACUACUUCCAGGACGAAAGCAACGUGUUCCGUCUCCUUGACGGAGACCGCAUCGCUACCCUCGCCGCCUCUUUCAUUGGCGACCUUGCCCGCAACGCUGGCAUUGCCUCAAAGCUGAAGAUCGGUGUGGUCCAGACUGCCUACGCCAAUGGAUCCAGCACAGACUACAUUGAGAAGGUUCUCAAGCUCCCGAUCAUCUGCACCAACACCGGCGUGAAGCACCUCCACCACGCUGCUCUGCGUUUCGAUGUCGGCGUCUACUUCGAGGCCAACGGCCAUGGUACCGUCACCUUCUCCGAAAAUGCCUUGAAGGUCAUCAAGAACACCGAGCCCCAGUCUCCUGCACAGCAGCACGCCCUCGAGAGCCUCCAGGCUCUCACAGACCUGAUCAACCAGGCCGUCGGUGACGCUUUGUCUGACAUGCUUCUCGUCGAGGCUAUCCUCGCCCACAAGGGCUGGUCCCCCAAGGAAUGGCUCGGAACUUACACUGACCUGCCUUCCCGUCUGGUGCGUGUCGAAGUCAACGACCGCUCCAUCUUCAAGGCUUACGACGCUGAGCGCAAGCUUGAGUCUCCUGCUGGUCUGCAGGGUACCAUUGAGUCGCUUCAGUCCCGCUACAACAAGGGUCGUAGCUUUGCUCGUGCUAGUGGUACUGAAGACGCUGUCCGUGUCUACGCUGAGGCUGCCAGCCGCUCCGAGGCAGAUGACCUGGCUACUCGCGUUGCUAACGCCGUCAGCGAGGCUGGCAGUGCUUAA